AUGUGCUUCAAUACUUUUAUCCAACAUAUCAAAGCUGAAAAGUACCGUCAGUUUGGCUUCUCCUUCAAGCUAUUAAAUCCUAUCCACUGGUUCCAAUUCGCUGAUGACGCAGCCGUAAUCACUGGCCAAGAAUCUGAAAACCAGCAUCUCUUAAAUCGUUUUUCUAUCUGGUGCCAAUGGUCCAAUAUGAUUAUCAGAGUCGAUAAAUGUAGUACUUUUGGCAUCAAGAAAGCCAUCACAAAAUCAGUCCAAUAUUUGCCGAAACUCCUCAUCAACAAUAAUCUGAUACCAACAAUAAAGAUUGGAGAAGCAUUUCAAUAUUUAGGACGUUACUUUGAUUUUAACAUGUCGAACAAUAACCAUAAGACUGAACUAACCACUCUCGUUAAUGAACUAAUGACUGAUAUUGACUCGAAGCCACUCCACCCAAGAAAUAAGCUUCUCGUAUACAGUCGUUAUGUCUUAUCCAAAAUAUCGUGGCAUUUCACCAUCGCAACACUUUCCAAAACAUGGGUUAUUGAAAAUAUUGAUCCCGUAGUCAACCAAUACAUCCGUAAAUGGCUUGAAAUUCCAAUCUCAGGAACACUAAGUACUGUUUUUCUAACUCGCAACAAAUUUGGUCAAAGUAUUUAUCCUAUCGGUGAAAUUUAUCCAAUGCCAAACAGUUCUUCGAAAAGCUUUAAAACUUUCUCCAAAUCAAUCAAUCAACGAACUGUGGAAAUCCACUAAUACUCAUACUAAUAUCCAAUACGACUUUUAUAACUCAACCAAAGAAGUGCUUAAAGACUUUCGGUCUGAACAUGAAGAUAAACUCCAAAAUCAAUUAACUUGUCAGGGAUCCUUUUUCUCUAGUAUAACAAAGUUCUCCUUGUCGCAUCUUAGCAAAGUGUGGUCUACUGCUCAAUCAAAACUUCCGAAAAACAUUUAUAAUUUUACCAUACGCUAUAUCAAUAACUCUCUUCCGACACGCAAGAACCUUAGCAGAUGGGGAUUGUCUUCAAGUUCAGAAUGCUCCUUUUGUCUUGGCCCAGAAUCAUUAUUGCACGUGGUCGCUGGAUGUCAGUGUUAUCUCGAUCGAUUUACGUGGAGGCACAAUUCAAUCCUGAACUUCCUUGCCAAUACCUUGCAAACUGUGAACGGUUCUGCCCUCUACGCUGAUGUGCCUGGAUUCAAAAGUCCUUCAAUAAUAACUGGUGAUACGUAUCGCCCGGAUUUGUUGCUAUCGUUAUCAAAUGGCUCUCUUUAUGUGGUCGAGCUCACUGUUGGCUAUGAGACAAACCUCGAGAACAACGUUAAUCGGAAAAAAGCCAAAUAUAAAGAACUAGUAAAACAACUAGACAAACAUUUUAACGAAGUAAGCUUUAUAAAUCUUUCCAUGAGCUCCCUAGGUAUUUUUGCGCAAGAAUGCUCUACAUUCUUAGAAAUGUUAGGAAAUGUUGGUCUGGACAAAAACUACCAAACGUACUGUGUUAGGAAAAUGAUGACUAUUGCCAUUCGAAGUACAUACUAUAUUUUCUGCUGUCGAAAUAAGGAAUGGGAAAGUCCGGACUUGUUAACUAUUUGAAAUAUCUGAUUGUCUGGUGUAUUUAUAUAUUUUCAUGUAUUCUGUCUUGUCAUUUUUAUUAGUUCAUAUAGUUGUGAUUCAAAUAGCCAAUUGUAAGUUACCUUAAAUUAGUGAGAUUUACAAUUGUAUAUAUAUAGUAUAUAACAAAAUUAUUAAAGUUUCCAUUAUUAUGCAGCGAUCAGCGUCGGGGGCAGUCAUGCUUUCGGCGCUCCUGCUAUAUUUUUAAAAGCUUUAGUUCUUGUUUAACUGCACUUUCGAUAGUUCUGAGCUUUUACAAAUUCAGUAUGAAGAUGAAAGGCUUCUACUUGGCAAAUAUUAUGUUGUUCUGGUUGAUUAUGGGGCAACUCUGGACUAUUAAAGCGACAAUCUGUGAAUAUUGUGGCAAAGAUUUUAAAUCUUUGGGGAGACACAUUUGGCGAUGCAAAUCUCGCGUUGGUCAUCCGUCUCAUGCUGAAAAUGAAAGGCAAAGUAACAACGAACGUUCGUCGAAUACAGAAAGGACUGACCACCAAGUCAAUAUCAAUGCUGAUGGUGAGCUGGCGGCAGUGGCGGCGCCAGGCCUCAGAAUUCUUUUUUUGGGGGGCGGGGGCAUUUGAGGGGCAAACUCAUAUUUGGGGGGGGGCAAGAUAGAAUUUUUAAAAAGGUACUGCUAUUUUGCUCCAUGCCGUUGUCACAGGACUUUCCCCAGGAUUCGCCCUUACUUUCAAAAGGGGCAAUAUUCCUAGGGAAUACCCCGGGGACAAAUAUCCCAGGAAUAUCGCCCCCCCCCCCCUCAGAGGGGCGAAUGCCCCAGGAAUAUCGCCCCCCCUUUAGGAUAUUCGCCUCCCCCCCAUAUAUGCGAUGUGGUUUAUUCAAAUAAUUUCGUGAUACUUUCAUCUUAUCAGUACCUUAAGGCCCAUACAGACCGGACGCUAUUUGGCAACGCGACGCGAAUUUCGGACGUUUCGUCCCGGAUUGGGGUUCGGGCAGCGUUACCAUGUUGACCGUCAUGGUCAACUUGCGCCCUAAAACAGUUGAGAUUAUCUGUCCUAAAUGAAAUGCAUACAAACUCGUAUACAGGUCCUCGACUAUUCGGGGAAAUCUUCAAGUGUCAAUGGAAAUCUGGCGCAUGCGCAACAAAUUUCCCAGCUGUUCGCAAAACGCAAACUUCAAACGCCAAAUCUUAAUUUACUGCUUUGGUGAAUAGAUGACUAUAGUGGUUAAUGUGCUUUCUUAAAUCAUCGCUAAAUACCACAAGUUUAAUAAUUGUUUAAAUACAUUUCAAAACUGGUGUAAAAAGCUAUUAUAAUAGAGUAAGUAAAAUAAGAAACUUCGCUAGCGGUUUGUUAAGAUUGACCGACGUUUACGGCAAACGUAAACGUCAAGCUAAAGGUCUCUAUUGACGUUUACGGCAAACGUCAAACCGCUAGCGAAGUUUUUGAUUUUACAACUCUAUUAUAUAGCUUUUACACCAGUUUUGAAAUAUGUUAAACAAUUAUCAAACUUGUGGUAUUUAGCAAUGAUUUAAUUAAGAAAGCAAAUUAACCACUAGUCAUGUAUUCGCCAAAGCAGUAAAUUAAGAUUUGGCGUUUGAAGUUUACGUUUGGCGUAUAAUUUCAUACUUGAACUGCUGCGAGUUAACAUUCACCGAAGCACGUAAACGAACGUAUAUUCAGUUAUGUUAAUUUGCAAACGUAAGAAAUUGAAUUCUGAUUGGCUCCACAUGUAAUAUGUGUAAAUGAGACCAUAGGCAUAGAUAUGCAUAUUGUUUGUAAAAUGUGCGAAUUCUUAAGACUUUAUCAUGUUGUCAGUUAAUCACAAUUUCGAUUUGAAGCUACGUCGACAUGCAUGUGUAGUCGUGUAGAUCACUAUAGAGUCUUGAGAUUUCCUAACGUACCAUCGCAUGCAUCGUGCGAAAAUAUGUUUGCAUAUACAAAGUUCUCAUUCUCGUGCAGACAUAUGUCCAACUAUUUGCACAGAAAAUGUUUGAAUCUUAAAACUUCUCCAGACACUAAGAGUUCACAAGAGAAUACAUUAGUUAGUCGUUCAGCCUUCAAGGUCAAAUCCCAAAAACAGACUGGCCAUAAAAAUUUUCUAACGAUCCAUUUUCUUUUAUCGAUUUUAAAUUAAAAUCGUUUUACUCUGGCUCGCCGUGUUUAUAUGCAUGCUUCAAUGCUGAAAUAUCGUUGAUAUGUACAUGUCCUCGCUAUAAAUCUCGUAAUGUCAUGAUUGAUUCAUGAACGAAUUUAAACUCUUCACAAAUAUGUUUGCCUUUGGCUUUGGGAAUCGAAAAAUUUACGAAACAUACUGUAUUGAGUAGCGCAAUGACAAUGUCUAUAGUAUAGACAUCUGGAGCAAUUUGCCCUUUGGGAUUUGUGUUUACUUUCAUGCAAAUUCAUACACAGUACAGCAUAUGAUAUGGCACGAGACUGUCGAGUCAUCAAAUUCCAUUGAAAAUGAACUAAAUUUUCGUGUACAAACAGCGGCCAAGGCGACUUCUAUUCUUCCAAAGUUAUAUCAGUUAACAUUCUGCGGAUAUUCUGAGUUUAAUCAAGUAAGUAAAGAAUGGCAUGCAUCAAGCGUGCCAGUUUAUCAGGGAAUGAGCAAGACGUCUCGAGUUAUAACAUUUCAUGCAUGCAAAUUUCGCGUUUACGUUCAGUAUACGUAAGCAAUCGUAUGUAAAUCACGAACACACUGCCAACUUCCGUACGAUUAAAUUUGCCAAACGUUUAUCCAAUAAGAGCUUGCUAUUAUACGGUUGAGAACGGAUUGAGUGCUAUCAGCCAAUAGGGGACUAUAGUUUUGACGAUUGAUUCGUUCAGUAAUGAGGCUUUACGUUCGUUUACGUGCUUUGGUGCAUGUUAACUACGAGGACUUGAUGUUGUUCAAGCAUGAAAUUUAUACGCAAAACGCAAACUUCAAACGCCAAAUCUUAAUUUACUGCUUUGGUGAAUACAUGACUAGUGGCCAGUUUGCUUUCUUCAAUCAUUGCUAAAUACCACAAAUUUAAUAAUUGUUUAAUACAUUUCAAAACUGGUGUAAAAGCUAUUAUAAUAGAGUUGUAAAAUCAAAAACUUCGCUAGCGGUUUGACGUAAACGUCAAUCUUAACGUGCCUAUUGUGGACCGGUUGUCUCCUCGACAAAGCACGCAGUGAACAGUGACAUGACUAACUAUAUAACAAUUAUGUUUGUGUACUUUAACAAUACUGAGAAACAUGGAUGUUUAUGAAAGUUAGCAAUACUAAUUCAGGUUUUAAUAGCACGCUAAUGAAGCGUGAGAUUGUCCCCAUGGGCAGUGAAUACUAAUAAAGUAAACAAAUAAAUUCAUGAUAUUUUUCUGUGUUGGUGUAAUAUUGUACUCAGGUGAAUAUGGUGCUUGUGAUGUGUAUAUCCACACCGGGCAAGCUUGAGAAAUAUGCCUGGCCACGGUGGAAAUCGAAAUAAAUUCAUUUUACAAGUACCUUAAAAUAUUCGCAACUGAUCUUUAUGGGCAUUUAACAAUGGCUCGCGCUGCGCGCUCGUAAAUGCCCAUAAAGAUCUGCUGCUCAUAUUUUAACUAGUACGUAAAGUUUUGGAAUUUCAAGCCUUGUUGAUCCCUCUUUUCAAGUAGCCAAACCUUGCUUAUACAGUAACUUCCCCAUGACAUUAAGUUUGUCGAAAAACGCUCAUUCUUGUGCUUCAGUCAACAUUUAGAUACAAAUUUAGUUUUUCUAUAUAGUUUAUUUAAAACAAUUAGACUACUCGGUCUCGUUGUCUAAUUGUCAACUAUAGCCCAAGCUCGUCUAUGUAAAUUCUUCGUAUAUUUGACUAUAAAAGACCUACCUUGAAAACACAAUAACACCACAGUCAGUAGCAAUACUCGGAACAUAUUUUCAAAUUCGAUAAAUAUCUCACUGACAAAAAGAGUCUUCAGACACGAUCUACAUGUAUGACAAUGGUCAUGCAUAGACACACACUGAAUGCACGCUCAUCAAACUAGGACAAGCAACAAAACGUUUUAAACGCAACGUUUCAGGGGGCAAUCACGCCCUAGCUUUCGACCAAUGGAAACUGAUCGUUUGAAGCAUGCAGCUGUUAUUAUCAGUGACGUAAUACAAUAUGUUUUGAUUGGUGCAACGACAUGUUUUGAUUGAACAAUAGCUACGUUUGUACGUAAGAAAGCAUUUGUUCCUGUUUCAAGCGAGCUUUCAAAUAUCACUAUUUAACUACAUAAACAAUGGAUACAGUUCAAUUGCAAGUACAAAUAGGGGAAACGAACGCCAGAACCAAAUAAUUACAUUGAUUUGGUUGAUGUUAUAAGGAAAGAAAUUCCUAAAACGCGCAGGAUUGACUUUAGUCUCCUGUAUGAAAAUGACGAAGGGGAGUAUGUUGUUAUGAAUAGCCACGACCAUUAAGUCCAUUAUGUAUACGCAUUGCUUUUGUAUCUACAAAAACCAUUCCCAGUACUGAUGUAUGGUGUUUAAAAAUCCGGAUAUUUGAGGGAUCUUCUCCUAGUGUCAAGGUUGUAGACGCGGCAGAGAACUGAAAAACGACAGCACAGCCACAGGUGGAAUUGCUUGCAGGGCCACUUUGCAGGGCCUUGCAUUCAAACGAGAAUUGAAAGGGUUAGAUCAGAUCCAUUCCAUGCAUGUCGGGGAAUCAAAUUUGAAAUUAAAUGUCAAAUUCCAUGCAUGUCGGGGGAUCAAAUUUGAAGGAACUUAAAAUCUCAAUAAAAAAGCAUAAAAGCGAACUGAUUAAAUUUGGAACUGAACUACAAAACAAAAAACUGUCUUUGCGACAAAUAAAGACAGGAUCAAUCACAGAAUUGAAAGUGACUUGUUUCAGUCAAGAAAAGAAGACUACUUUAUUAACGGUUCUAAGAACUGGACCUUGUUGAGAAAACACACAUAUUUAGUCGAGAAAUAUUGUAAAGACCACAUGUGGGGCAAGAUCCCAGCCAAGCAAGACGUAGGAGAACUUCUUUCAAUAGCCUUGGAAGAGAAUAAUCCCGCAAUGGAAUAUCAAAGGGCGAAACAAAGACAAAGUGCUCAGCGUAAACAUGGAAAUCCAUUUAAAUCUCAUUUAGAACGACCUGGCGUUCAUUUUCCUAGUCCCUCUAUGCGGCAUGGAGAGGAUUGUUCGUCAGCCACUGAAACCAAACUUUCGAGAGAGAAUGUUUCACCCAUUAUUUUCACUGUCCCAAGUAACGCGAACGAAGAAAAAGAGCAAUUGGCAAUUAUUCUAAGAGAGAGCCUUCGACAAACUUCCCGUCUAAUUGGAGAAUUGCAACAACACUGA